AUGGCAAGUGCGUACGUGUUUGAUGGUGACUCACUCCACCAGGUGAUGAUAGAGGAAGGCCGCCUAACAUAUUCUUCAGUUGCCUCGCCGCUUCCGUGCCGGGCUGUUGUUGCCUGCUUUGGUGAAAAGGAAUUUUACUAUGUUGAUCCGAGGUCACCUGAUCUCCUGCAGCGACACGGAAAUGGGUCUGACUUUUUAAGGUCUCGGCUUCCCGGACCUGUCAGCCGACUCAUCGUUCAUCGCCACAAGGUGUAUUGCUGUGGCAGAAAUUGUCUCUACGCAUUCGACCCCCUCAGCAGAGAUGUGGAGACUCUAGAGCUACAUCACAAUGUGCUGGAUGUGGAUGCAGCAGGUCAUGGUUUUGUCUUUGUGAAUGAAUUCCACGAGCUUUAUGUAUUCCAUUUCAACAAUUCUAUCAGGAAGGUUGAAACGAGAGGUGAGGUGAUUCGGCUCCUUGGCCAGCAGAAUGGUUUCGUCAUGGCACUUUUUGAUUCCAAUCGGGUUGUUGCCAUCAACGAAAACGGUGAGGUCAGAGAAGGUACCUUCACUCUAGCUAUUAGCACACCGUUCAUAUCGCUUAGUGGUGGUGCGCUACUUACCUGCCAAGAAAGCGGCGAACUCUGUCUUUACACACAGAAUGCGCUUGUAUCUUCUGUGGUUUUCCAGGGUCAUGGCCUAAGACCACUUCUUGUGCCUUCCUCCGCGCCUGAGGGCUCUUGCUUGAUUUGUUUUUGUGAUUUUGAUGACGGCACUGGUGUAACUCUAGAUUGUGGGCACCGUUUUCAUCGCGAAUGUCUUGCGAACUUCUCUUCUCGGGCAGAUGGUUUUGUGGCAAAAGGAGAACACGUUGCUUUUACGUACGCCCUUUGCCCUGCUGGAUGCGGUUUUAUGAUUCGUCACCCCGCCGCACCGCUUUCAGAAUACAUGAGGUCUUUGUCUGCAUUGAUUGAUAAGGAUCUCGAGCAGCGUCUUCGUGAAAUGGCUAACAAGACUGCCGAAGACUUGCUUUACUAUAUUUGCUUCCAGUGUGGAAAACCGUUCUAUGGUGGUGAGCGCUGGUGCUUUCGGUUAAUGUCAGAUGAACCUGCAAAGGCGCCAAGAGAGCUGCUAUGCUCCAAUUGCAACAAGGAUUUUCUCUGCCCGAAACACAAACAUGACUUUGUCCUCUACAAGUGCCGCUAUUGUUGCAAUCCAGCAUCUCAUCUAUCCUUUGGCAAUCGCUACAUGUGCAACCGUUGUGAGGGCCAGUGGAAAAACGCAGAGCCGGAGCCAGUGCCGUGUCCCGGUCCAAAAAAAUGCCCACUUAAAGGCUCACACAAAACCGACGGUUCAUAUCCUUUAGGAUGCAUGCUUUGUAUGCCAUUAGAUGGUCUGGGUGCUUCUCUUUUCUCUGCGUCGUAA